AUGCAAGUGUCAUUUGUUUUCACGAUUCUAUUAUUAUGGUUACUAAAUUGCACUGAACAAACAACUAUUUCACGUAGACAACAAUCUUCACUACAACAACAAAUUCAAUUUGCAUCACUCCCUGAACAAUCAAUAAACAAAGGAAACAGUGAAGCGAACAACGAACAAGUAGACGAAGAAGGAGAAGAAAAACAAGGCGGAGCAGAAGAAGAAGGCGGAACACAUCGUGCAAAACGUUUAUCAGAUCUAUCACCGCCAAGUACCACAUAUCGUAAUCCAUUUUCGGCAUUUUUAAAACGUAAACGACAUUCAAAAUCCACCGAUUCACGUGUAUCAUCAGUAAGAAAAGAAUUUAUUAGUAGUGGUGAUUCAAAGUGUGGUUUAAUGUGUCAUUUACUUUGUCGUCCCGGUUGUUCAAAAAUUUGUUAUUCAUCUUGUUCUUGA